AGUGCAAAAGUGUAUGAAUGUGUGUGUGUGUGUAGCGAAGAACGCAAGUGGGAGUGCGUGCGUGAGCGUUCAUAAUUUUUUUAAAUUAUUCUGUCGCAAAACACCCUAUCGUAUAUCUUUCUACAAUUUUUGUAAAUCUUCGCACCAAGUGUACAUAUACAUAUGUACUAAAGAUAAAAGCAUAUCUGUAUAUAAGUAGCUUGCGUGUUCUUCCUGAGGUGCUAUGCCGGCGACGCCCCAUUAAUCAGUACCUCAGGAGUAUUAGUUAAACCGACCGUCGUUGAGAAAGUGGAUCUGUGAUUUGAGUGAGAAUUCAUUCGCCUCCAACGAUUAUCCACGAGAAAAAGCAGCAUCAUGGAUAAUAAUGGCAGAAAAGUCAUCGUUUGCGACAAUGGCACAGGGUUUGUCAAAUGUGGCUAUGCAGGAGCCAACUUUCCAGUACACAUAUUUCCAUCGAUAGUGGGACGACCAAUCAUUCGAGCAGCCAACAAGAUUGGAGAUAUUGAUGUUAAGCAAGAACUUUGUGUCCGUGAAGUGCUUGAGAUGCCUGAUCUUAUGGUUGGCGAGGAGGCUAGCAAAUUACGAUCUAUGCUGGAAAUCAAUUAUCCAAUGCAAAAUGGCAUUGUUAGAAAUUGGGAGGAUAUGUGCCAUGUUUGGGACUAUACUUUUGGUCCAGAAAAAAUGAAUAUCGAUCCAAAAGAAUGCAAAAUUCUGCUAACAGAACCACCAAUGAAUCCAAUAACAAACAGGGAAAAAAUGAUAGAAGUAAUGUUUGAGAAAUAUAAAUUUGCUGGAACAUACAUUGCAAUCCAAGCGGUUCUAACAUUGUACGCUCAAGGUUUGAUAAGUGGAGUCGUUGUUGAUUCGGGUGACGGUGUGACUCACAUAUGUCCAGUUUACGAGGAAUAUGCUUUGCCGCAUUUAACACGAAGACUUGACAUUGCUGGACGCGAUAUAACUAUGUACCUUAUCAAGCUGCUUCUGCAGCGUGGCUAUGCCUUCAAUCAUUCCGCGGAUUUUGAGACUGUAAGAAUGAUAAAGGAGAAACUUUGUUAUGUUGGUUAUGAUAUUGAGACAGAAGAGAAAUUAGCACUAGAGACUACUGUGCUAGUAGAAUCGUAUACGCUACCGGACGGACGAGUGAUAAAGGUUGGUGGUGAACGGUUUGCCGCGCCCGAGGCGCUAUUCCAACCGCAUUUGAUUAACGUUGAAGCCCACGGCAUCGCUGAGUUGGUUUUCAAUACCAUUCAAUCGGCCAAUAUUGACAUGAGGAGUGAACUUUAUAAGCAUAUUGUACUUAGUGGUGGUAGUACUAUGUAUCCUGGUCUACCCUCGAGACUUGAGCGAGAAAUUAAGCAACUGUAUCUGCAACGAGUAUUAAAGAAUGAUAUCACAAAGUUGAACAAAUUUAAGAUAAAAAUAGAAGACUCGCCAAGAAGAAAAGAUAUGGUGUUCAUUGGUGGAGCCGUAUUGGCGGAAAUCACUAAAAACCGCGAUAAUUUCUGGAUUAUGCGCGAAGAAUACGAAGAGAAGGGACUGAAUGUAAUAAAGAAAUUAGGCUCACGUUACGCAUGAAACUAACCGUCCUGAUUAUGUGAAACAAGCGCAUUUACUAGUGUUUAGAGAAGCAACAGAAGUGUAAAGGAAAUGCGUGUAUUCGAGUAUACGUCGAUGGACAAAUAGGUGCAAAUAUACCGAGCGUUUGCUCAGCCGUUUAAUCUUGAUGCGUGAAUAAACUAGUAAUUUAUAAUCGUAAACGCUCAAACAAAAAAAUACAGUUAUAUCAUAAGAAAAUCCACUUUUGUUAUAUACCCAAAAAUCUAUGUCGGUGUCGAGAACCAAUGUAUAACAUGUUCGCUGAUCGAAAUGUAUUUAAAACAAAGUGAUGAAUUUUUCAUCUAUUGAUAUUUUUGUUUUCUCGGCUCUUACUUUUGUAAAUAUGAACUCUUUUAUUUAAAAAAAACUAUUCAAAAUCAUGUCUGUCCAAAUUAUUUAUUGAAUAAACCAAUCAUCAUUGUAGAUUAUUUGUUUU